AUCCUGUGUUAGUUUGACUUGCUUUCAUUUUCCGUCCAUGGUGAUUAAUCAGCCCUUCCCCUCGUUUCAGUGCACGCUUGCUUGCUUGUUUGCCUUGUUGCGGCAAAGAAACCAAACCAGUUUGUCGGGCUGCAAGAAGACAGGCAGUAGCUCGGAUCACACACACACACACACGCUCAUAAGGAACAGAUAAGAAGGGCAAAAUUUUGACCAAUGGCAUGGAAACGUGUUGUGAGUAUGACAACUGGGCUUCUGCGUAUUGAUGCAAUACUUGACUACUGACUGGUAGAAAUGAGAUCAUAACAAGGGUUUAAUAUGCUAAUUAUUGGUAAACAUUUAGCUUGAAUAUACAUUAGCAUAUUAUAAUUAUUCAUUUUCUACCGCUUUUCCUCACGAGGGUCGCGGGGGGUGCUGGAGCCUAUCCCAGCUGUCUUUUGGGUGAGAGGCGGAAUACACUCUGGACUGGUCGCCAGCCAAUCACAGGGCACAUAUAGACAAACAACCAUUCACACUCACCAUAUUAUAAUUAUUCAUUCAUUUUCUACCGCUUUUUCUCACGAGGGUCGCGGGGGGUGCUGGAGCCUAUCCCAGCUGUCUUCGGGCGAGAGGCGGGGUACACCCUGGACUGGUCGCCAGCCAAUCACAGGGCACAUAUAGACAAACAACCAUUCACACUCACCAUAUUAUAAUUAGAUAUUCACAAUUUUUUUUAUGAUUAGCAUUAUUUUUGUCAUUGUUUAUCGAAUUAUGUGGUUUGUUUUGACCACCCUCUUAAGUUGUGAAAUGUGGUUGCCAGUCUGAUUGGAAAAAAAAAAAAAGACUCGACUCACAUUCAGCAUCACAAGAACCAAAUCAAACACCCCAAAGAAGCAUCAUCAUGGCCACGGCCAGUUUAGAAGACGACAAGUCCCAGCGUCCUACCUGUGGAGACCAUCGCCUGGUCAACAAAGCUCUCAUAAAGCUGGACAAGCUCCAUGAGUUGUGCACGGACCCCCGACUGGGUCUCAGGGCCAGUCCGCCGUACCUCCCCGAACUGGUACCGGAUACAGCGUCUCUGCUCAGACGGGUCUGGGAGCCCUACAGAGGUCUCGGACUGGCGAUGGGCCAGGUUCCUGGCGGAGAGGAGGCCACGUAUUUGAGGGUCCAUGUGAGGAACCUGCUGGAUAAGACAGACAGGGCCCUGAUGCUGUUUAAAGAAGGGAGAGAGAAGAUGUUUGAUGAGGCGUCAAGAUGCAGAAGGAACUUGACCAAGAUGUCCUUGCUCUUCAGUCAUAUGCUAUGGGAACUAAAGGCCAUUUUCCCCGGAGACCAGUACCACGGUGACACUUUCAAGUUCAUGAAAGAAGAAGCACAGGGGUUUUGGAGGUCGACUUUUGGCAACAAGUCCAUCGUGGGGUGGAGUAUCUUUGCAGAACAGCUGAGGGGAGCACACUCCUUUGAGGAGGGGAUGGAGUCCAUGGCGCUGAAGUCCACCAUCGAUCUCACCUGCAACGACCACAUCUCCGUCUUUGAAUUUGACAUCUUCACCAGGCUCUUUCAGCCCUGGAGCUCCCUGCUGAGGAACUGGAACCAGCUAGCAGUGAGCCAUCCAGGCUACAUGGCCUUCCUCACUUACGACCAGGCUGUAGCUCGCCUGGAGAACUACCUGCACAAACCCGGAAGCUACAUCUUCCGUCUGAGCUGUACCCGAAUGGGCCAGUGGGCUAUAGGUCACGUGACUAGCGAAGGCUCCAUCGUGCAAUCCAUCCCCCACAACAUGCCUCUCGCCCAAGCGCUCCUUCGCGGCUUCAAUGACGGCUGCUAUUUGUACCCUGAUGGUCAAAAAGUGAACCCUGACCUAACUACCCUGCAUGAACCAGGCCACAAGGGCAAAGUCAAGGUCACACAAGAGCAGUACGAUCUUUACUGUGAGGUGGGCACCUCCUUCCAGCUGUGUAAGAUCUGCACGGAGAAGGACAAAGACACUCGCAUUCAGCCUUGCGGUCAUCUGCUGUGCCAGCGCUGCCUUAGCAACUGGCUGCAGAAGUCAGCAGGCCACACGUGUCCAUAUUGCCGCUGCGACAUCAGAGGCACCCAGCCUGUUGACAUCGAGCCAUACGCACUUGAACACAAAGAGGAAGAAAAGGACCGUGAGGACAUUGCUGAGAUGAGGAAGAUGCAAGUGGGUGGGGUCACUCAGCAAUGAUGAGAAUGUCUCCGGGUGACUGGGACCGCCCAUGCCUUCUUCCUCAUCUGCAUUCCAAAGGGUACGUUGUUGGCUUCAGAAAAGACACAUUUAAUUAUAAGCAAGGUGUUUCUUCUUAUGGGCACAAAUAGUAUAAUUAAAGUUUUAAUUAAGGGUUAUUAACUGUUUCUGUUUGUAGGUGCACAGACUUAAUCCGAUCUCAGAACAUCAACGAGUCAAAGAGUUCUUCUAAUGGAUGUGAUACAUUUUGCAGACGUAACCAAUGCUACAGUAUACCCAAUUCAUGUACAGUAUAUAUAUUAUGUCAUAUAUUUCAACGCUGAAUAAAUAAUGCAAAAAAGUUUGUAUUUAAAUGAUAAUUUUCCUCCAAUGUAGUAAAAAUAAUUUGUGCUAAUUUGGGCUGAUGAAAAAAGUCAGUAAAAGCACAUACAAAUGAAAUAUUAAAAUAUAUUAAGUAUAAUUUUCUGUGCCUUAUUUGAUAAGGCAGACUGGGUAUCAAUAUAAAACCAAGCUAUAGCAAAGCCAGCGGAAUGGUGGGCGUGUCCAAACAAUGGGUGUCGACCAAGUGGGAGUAUGUAUAAAUAAAUAUUGUAUUUUUUAUACUGGCUUAUUACAGUUAUAUUAUAAUUAGGGCCGUCAAUCGAUUAAAAUAUUAAAAUAAUAGAUUAAAUAAUGUAUUAAAAAUAUUUGAUCACGAUUAAUCACAUUUUUCACAGUUAACUCAAUUAAUCACAUUUAAUCGCAGAUGGAAAUAUUUUUUUAUAAUAAGUAGGGGAAAUAUCGUUGUGGUAAAGAUUCGAUGUUCAACUAAAACAAUAAUUACAUAAAAUUUUAUGUAAAGACAUCAAUUUGGGAACUUUAGCCUAUUAUUUUUUAAAAAUACAGUCAUCAAGCAUAUUUUUGUAUUACUAUUAUUAGCUCUUAAACUCGUUCACGCAUCAAAAAAUUUGGCGCCGAUAAAGAGGACUUCUGUUAACGCAUGUCGUUAACUUUGACAGCCCUAAUUAUAAUUAAAGAUAUCGGAAUUAGCUUGAUUGAUCGUAUGUGUUACCACACUAGGAAUUGUAAUACUCUGUUACUCUGUUAGUACUCUGUUAAGUACAACAAUCGUAAUUGGGUUUAUACAUAAGAAGAAAAAGAAUACUACUAUACAUAUUUACAUCGAAUGUUAACAUGACUUUAUAUAUUAUAUCCAAUCAAAACGAACAUAUGAAGAUAAUUAACCUGCUAUUUUAUAUUCCCAUCCACGCCCACUGAUUUCAGUAUCAUGUGACCUUGCUGUGUGACAGUUUGACAGGACCAAAGUAUAUGUUUCAAUAAUUAUUUAUUUUCUUCAGCACUACAGAUGGAAGAUCAAGUACAAGACUGAAUGUCUUGGAUGACUUAGUAGUUGGCCAUGGUGCGCUCCAGCCAAUCGUUGAAGAUGCAGACCUAAAAUUAAGGACAGGAAGGAGUUUAAUUUUGGACAUUAACAGUCAAGUCGUGUUGAAUGGCAGUGGUCUUUUUUUACCUUGGCGUAGACACCAGGGUGGUCCCUCUCAGCACAUCCGUAUCCCCAGGACACAACACCCUGCAGCUCGCCAUUGCACACCACGGGGCCACCAGAGUCGCCCUGAUAGGACGACGAUACAAACCGUUAAACCUCGACUUUUCACGGUUAUUUGAAAACGGUUCAUUAUGUCUGAGAAGUUCCGUUACCUGGCAGGAGUCCUUGCCACCCUCCAGAUAUCCGGCGCAGAACAUGGAAUCGGUGAUCAUGCCAGGGUAGGAGUUGUCACAGUCCCGAUCGGACAGGAUAGGGAUGUCCAGGCACUGCAGUUUGUUCUUGUCAGCGGCUAGAAACCCGGAAGAGACGACAUCAGUACUGAAGGCUCAACCUCGGAUACAACUGACUUAGAAUUGAUCGGAAUCUUAUUCCAAACUAGGCUAGUUUCACGUGACCGAAUUCGGCGUAGACUCACUGGAGCUCAUGGUGUUGCCCCAUCCGGAGACUUUGCACAUGGUACCGGCGGGGGCGCAGCUGGUGGGCAGGGCCACGGGCUGAACAAAUUGGUUGAGGGUGGCGGGCUUGCUGAGCUUGAUCAGCAUGAUGUCAUUGUCGAUGUUGUAAGAGCUGUAGUUGGGGUGGCGGAUGACGCGGGAGGACCUGAUGAACUGCUCCUUUCCCUCGGUGACCUUGAUGUUGUGCUCUCCGAGACGCACCUCCACGCGGCUGGAAGACGGUUUUCCGUGUUUUAAAAGACUUUCUAUAAAAGGUGCGGUUAUGGAAUCGGUAGGUUACGUACGACUUGUAGCAGUGAGCGGCAGACACCACCCAGUUCUCGUUGACGAGGGAGCCUCCGCAGAAGUGGUAGCCGGAGUUCAGAGACA